CUUUUAUACGACAGAUCAACCAAAGUAAGUUGUGCUGCGCCGCCCUGGCAGAGUCAAAACCAAGCCCCCUAGCUCGAUACGCGUUUCCUCUUUGCCGUGAGACCCAUUUUUACUUGGUAGGCUCCUGUUUUCUUAUUCAGAAUAGCCCCCACAACCAAGGAUUACAUGAUGACCUCACACGCCUAAGGUCUGUAAUGUAAAGGUCGCAUCGUUGAAUUCCAGUCAGGCUCCAUUUCUUUGUUGUUUCCGUGUCUUUGCCUUAGCUUCGCUUUCUCUAUGGGUUGUUUAGUUUCGCAAUUUUUUUUUUUGCAUUUUCUUGCAUUCUGCAUAACUUUCUUUUCAUUGUGCAAAAGAAAGCAAAGACCCCUUUUUUGAAGAUUCUAGGACGAUACGAAUACUCUAAAAAGCUUAGGGCAACAGGAAUUAGAUUGAUCCCAAGCAUCGUACUCAUUUGUUCCUUCCAAACGCCUAGCUGUCAACCCAGAUCCAGCUUAGUGCCAGCGUUUCAACCUACCAUCCCAUCACUGAAAACUUCCAAUACAUUCGCUACAAGCCCAGUACGCCAACGGCGCGAACCAGAACGUCACAUAAACACGCAAAUUUAAAGAGAGAAAAAAAAAAAAAGUCGACAGCCUCGCUUAUAUUGAAUUUUGGGCAACACAUCCCUCGCAAACAUGGUGUGGGAGGAUAUUGAGUUCGACGCCGAUAAGGUGCCGGGCAUCAAACUGGCCCUGCACAUUACCCAGAUCGUCUUUGCGCUCAUCGCCUGGAUCCUAGAGAUCAUCGUCUUCCGCGCAGAUGGCUCAGUAAUCAACGGCAAUGUUGGUUGGACAUUUGCAGUGUUCUUCCUGUCGAUACCAGCAUGGAUCUACCUCAUAGGCGCGCCCCGGGCCCCACGAACGCGACACCUGGCCGAGCCCCAUGUCAUGAUCGCAGUCGACUCUAUCUACACCAUCAUCUGGCUCUCGGCCUUUUCCACGCAGGCGGCGUACAACACGGCUGACCUCUGCGGCACCGCCUGCGGGCAGAGCAAGGCCAUUGUGGGCUUGGGUUUCUUUGUCUGCCUCUUCUUCGCCGGGUCGACAUUUUUCAGCAUCUACAGCCUCAAAUACUAUCAGUUCCACGGCAAGCUCCCUGGUUACGACCGUAUUGGCGGCGUCAGCACCACGCAGAACAUCGAUCCCGACAAGGCCGCAUUCUCCAUGGCGCCCCAUGGCGACGACGCCUACGCCCCUAUCCACGGUGACGACCACGACCAUCACCACCCUCUCGACCCGGGCCGCGAUGACAUUGAGACUGGCCCAGGAGCGUACAGCAGUACGAGCUAUGGCGGCGCGGCCAGCCAGCAGCAGAGCUACAGUUCGGGACAUGGCAGGACCGGUAGUGCGUACGGUGGCCGGACGAGCAGCCCUUACAAUGACGAUUCGUACGGACGGCAGCCGCAGCCCAUUGCUGGUCAGGCCAACCCAUUCGAGGGAGGCAGGCGCGAGAACAGCCCCUUCGGUGACCACGCUGGCUACACUCCUCCCGUUGGCGGACCCUCACCCGGCCCUGGCGCCAUGGGUCCUUCCGGACCGACCAUGUAUGCCCCACCGGCUGCUGCGCAUGACCCCUACGACGACAGGCCAGCCCAGUUCCCCGCUGCGCCUUAUGACAGGACUAUGCACUAGACGAAAUCUACAAAGGUCUAGGGACGGCAAGCCAAAAACCAUAUUACCGAGACGAGUUCAGCUUGCUGAGGGCUGAGUUGAUACUGAAUCUCGAUUGUCUAGCUAUCGUUCAAGUUGGGCAUAUACCCGGGGUUGAAAGCCAGGUAUUUGGAUCGACUUGCUCAAGUCUGUUGCUAAUACGAAGCAUUAUGGCAUUGUCAUAAUAAUCGAUGUGAAUAAGUGACGGCUGGUAUUGUUUUGUACGGUUCCGGGAGGUAAUUGGAAACUCGUGGAAAUGAUCCGCCGAUGGAUACCUACAUAGUAAGGCAUGGGGCGUAUGGAAUGGUGUUAAUAGGCGUCUAGUACUCUUUUAUUUGUUUCCAGAUUCUAUGCAUAGAGUUCGUUGUUCUUCGUAAA